UCACCCGUUCAGAUGGCCUUCCGUGUUCCCGAUUUGAUCCCUGCCCUCUCAGCGAACAUCUGGGAUACUCGUGACCCUGUCAAGGACCGCAUUCAGGGAACUCCUUACAAGCCGUAUCAGCCUGCGAAGGGCAAGAAGCCCGAGCAGAAGGAACAGCCCGAAAGGACUGGUACCUUGGAGAUUGUUUGCGGUCUGAUCAGCAACAAAGAUAUCGAAAAAUUCAUUCCCGCUCUCGUCAAGUGUAUCGCUUUCCCCGACCGAGUUCCUGAGACCAUUCACUUGCUCGGAGCUACCACUUUCGUCUCCGAAGUCACCGGACCAACCCUUGCUAUCAUGACUCCCUUGCUCGAGCGUGGUCUUAAGGCCGAGCAGGCAACGCCCAUCAAGCGUAAGGCUGCCGUCAUCGUCGACAACAUGUGCAAACUUGUGGAGGACCCUCAGAUUGUCGCUCCCUUCUUGCCCCUGCUGUUGCCCCAGAUCCUGAAGCUCUCUGGAGAAUCCCCAGACCCCAAGGAGAAUGGUCUGGCUGAUCCUGAGGCCCGAGGCAAGUGUAAGCAGGCUUUGGACACCCUCACUCGUGUCGGUAACGUUGUGGAUGGCAAGAUCCCUGAAAUCUCUACUGCUGGCGACAUCAGCACCGUCAGUGCUAUUCUGAAGGACAUCCUUGCCGCUAAGUUCAAGUCCCAGGCUGAGAAGGCUGAGGCUGUCAUCAACUACGUCGCUGCUAUUGCCGGUCAACUUGUCGACGAGAAGAUUGCUGAGUCAGCUGACUGGACCCGCAAUGUUCUUCCUUAUAUUGCUGCUAUUGUCGGUGAGGCUGAUGCCCCGGCUAUCGCUGAGACCCUUCGCAAGCGCGCCUCUCCCGAUGCUGCUGCGGCGGAUGCUGUUGAAUCUGACGAGGAGGAGGGUGAAGAUCUUUGCAACUGCACUUUCUCUCUUGCCUACGGUGCCAAGAUUCUGCUCAAUCAGACUAGCCUUCGCUUGAAGCGUGGUCAGCGUUAUGGUCUGCUUGGUCCCAACGGUUCUGGAAAGACCACUCUCAUGCGUGCGAUCAACAAUGAGCAGCUUGAGGGAUUCCCCAAGAAGGAUGAGGUCAAGACUGUUUACGUCGAGCACGAUCUUGACUCUGCCGACACUGAACAGACUGUCAUUGGAUGGACCAUGAAGAAGCUUCGCGAGGUUGGCUUGGACCCUGUCCAGAGCGAGGUCGAGUCCAAGCUCGAGGAGUUCGGUUUCCUCCGUGAGCAGUUCGAGGGUCCUAUCACCGCGCUGUCUGGUGGUUGGAAGAUGAAGCUGGCUCUUUGCCGUGCCGUUUUCGAGGACCCCGAUAUCCUCCUCCUCGACGAACCCACUAACCACUUGGACGUCAAGAACGUUGCCUGGUUGGAGAACUACCUCCGCAACUCCCCUUGCACUUCCAUCAUUGUCUCCCACGACAGUAAGUUCUUGGACAACGUCCUGCAACACGUUAUCCACUACGAGCGCUUCAAGCUCAAGCGUUACCGCGGUACUCUGAGCGAGUUCGUCAAGCGUGUUCCUUCUGCUCGCUCCUACUACGAGCUUGGUGCUUCCGACUUGGAGUUCAAGUUCCCCGAGCCCGGUUUCCUCGAGGGUGUCAAGACCAAGGCCAAGGCCAUCAUUCGUGUCAGCAACAUGUACUUCCGCUACCCUGGUGUGGACAGGGACCAGCUCCAGGACAUCACCUUCCAAGUCUCCUUGGGAUCCCGUAUCGCCGUCAUUGGUCCCAACGGUGCUGGUAAAUCCACCCUUGUCGAUGUCUUGACCGGUGAGAAGAUUGCCACCCGCGGUGAAGUCUACCACCACGAGAACAUCCGUAUUGCCUACAUUAAGCAGCACGCUUUCGCUCACAUUGAUAACCACCUCGACAAGACCCCGUCCGAGUACAUCCAGUGGCGUUUCCAGACUGGUGAGGAUCGUGAGACCAUGGAUCGUGCCAACAAGCAGGUCACCGAGGAGGAUGAGAAGGCUGAGUUGAAGAUCUACAAGAUCGAGGGUACUCCUCGUCGUGUUGUCGGUGUCCACGCCCGUCGCAAGUUCAAGAACACCUACGAGUACGAGUGUUCCUUCUUGCUUGGUGAGAACAUUGGCAUGAAGAGCGAGAAGUGGACGCCCAUGAGCACCACUGACAACGCCUGGAUUCCCCGUAACGAGAUCAUGGAGUCUCACUCCAAGAAGGUUGCCGAGAUUGAUGCCCAGGAGGCUCUCAAGAGCGGUAACAUCCGCCCCCUCAUCCGAAAGGAGAUUGAAGAUCACUGCGCCCAGUUCGGUCUCGACGCCGAACUUGUUUCCCACUCUCAGAUGCGUGGUCUCUCCGGUGGUCAGCGUGUUAAGGUUGUUCUGGCUGCUUGCUCUUGGCAGCGCCCUCACGUCAUCGUUCUCGACGAACCCACCAACUACCUCGACCGUGACUCCCUUGGUGCCCUUUCCAAGGCUCUGAAGGCCUUCGAGGGUGGUGUCAUUAUCAUCACUCACUCUGCCGAGUUCACUCAGAACCUUACCGAGGAAGUCUGGGCUGUCUUGGACGGAAAGAUGACUCCUUCCGGUCACAACUGGGUUACUGGUCAGGGAAGCGGUCCUCGUUUGGAGGAGAAGGAGGGUCCUGAUGAGAUUGUCGAUGCUAUGGGUAACAAGAUCAAGGUUGAGAAGAAGGUCAAGUUGAGCUCUGGUGACAAGCGAAAACAGAGGAAGGAGCGUCUGGCGAGGAAGAAGCGUGGCGAGGAUGUUGAUGAUGAUGAGGACUUUUGAACAAUAAAACGCCAGGGAUAAAAGUGUGUCAUGGCUUAAUCUUGCUUGUUUAGCUGUUAUAGAGGUUACGAUCCUAUGAAUUUCAUAUCUCUUCAGUUCAUUUCAGUUCAUUUCAAAUAAUCUUUUCACAUA